GAAAAAAAUUUAAUUCGAAAAGAUAAAGCAAUCAAAAGAAGAGCGCUUUCUUCUUCUUUUCUUCUUUAUAUUACUUAUCUUUGUCAAAGUAUUACAACAUGCCCAACCCCAAGGUUUUCUUCGAUGUCUCUGCUGACGGCAAGCCUGUUGGCCGUAUUGAAAUGGAAUUAAACGCUGAUGUUGUUCCCAAGACUGCUGAAAACUUCCGUGCUCUCUGUACCAUGGAAAAGGGUUACGGUUACAAGGGUUGUUCUUUCCACCGUGUCAUCCCCAACUUCAUGCUCCAAGGUGGUGAUUUCACCGACCACAACGGUACUGGUGGUAAGUCUAUCUAUGGUGCCAAAUUUGCUGAUGAAAACUUCACUCUCAAGCACACUGGUCCUGGUCUUCUUUCUAUGGCUAACGCUGGUCCCAACACCAACGGUUCUCAAUUCUUCAUCACCACUGCCAAGACUUCUUGGUUAGAUGGCAAGCACGUCGUCUUUGGUUCCGUUACCAAAGGUAUGGACGUCGUUAGAAAGAUUGAAUCUCUCGGUUCUGACUCUGGUCGCACCAAGGCCAAGAUCGUCAUUGAUAACUGUGGUCAACUUUAAAUAGCUCCUCAUUCUAAAUCAUGAGUAUUCAAGAUAUCUCAUUUCUUUUGUAUAGUCCUCUUCUUUUAUUGAAUAAAUAAGUUGUUUGUUCGGUAUGGUUUUUUUU